GAGGUUGGGCGAGAAAAUACGGGUCUUAACUUUGUAGACAUACUAACAUCGGUCUCAGUAUAACAUUAACGCAUACUCUGUGCGAGCUAUUCCGAUUGUCACAAGACUGUUACCGUUUUGAGCAAUGUUAAUGGUGACGGUAAAGAUUGUAGACAGUGUCAUUGCGAAGCAGACGAUAGGUUAGCUGUUGUUGUAACCAGUGAGGCGUGACGGCGCACAUGUCCUGGACUGGCGGUUGGAGGGAAGUGAUCAGUUGACAGAGAUUCGAGAAGACGACAGGACAUGGCAGGCAAAGCUGACACCCAUGGGCCCCUGAUAGGUGCUGUAGAUCAGGGAACUAGUAGCUCAAGGUUCCUGAUUUUUGCCAGCAAUUCAGCUGAAUUACUGACUUACCAUCAGAAAGAGACCAAGCAGGAGUAUCCCAAAGAAGGAUGGGUAGAACAAGAUCCCAUGGAAAUCUUGAAUACAGUGAAGGAAUGUAUUGAGAAAGCUGUGAAGAACCUGAAUGGGCUGGGAUUAUCAGUGGAUGAUAUCAAAGCCAUCGGGAUAACCAACCAAAGGGAGACAACUGUGGUGUGGGAUAAGCAAACUGGAGAACCUCUUCACAACGCUAUCAUAUGGCUGGACAUGAGGACGGCCUCUACAGUGGAGAAGCUCCUAAAGAAAACACCACAACAGGACAAGGAUUGUCUGCGGCCUUACUGCGGACUGCCGGUCUCCACAUACUUCAGUGCUGUCAAAGUGCGCUGGCUUCUGGACAACUGUCCCAAGGUCCAGCAGGCCAUGGAUGAGGACAGGUGCUUGUUUGGGACAGUUGACUCCUGGCUUCUCUGGAACCUGACGGGUGGGGUGAAUGGAGGCAAACACCUGACAGAUGUGACAAAUGCCAGCAGAACCAUGCUGAUGAAUAUUCAUGACCUCAAGUGGGACGAUCAUCUGUGCAGAUUUUUUGACAUUAAAAAGGAGAUGCUGCCUGAGAUUCGCAGUUCCUCAGAAAUCUACGGCUACAUGAGUGAUGGGGCUCUAACAGGCCUUCCCAUCUCAGGGAUAUUGGGUGACCAGCAGGCAGCUCUUGUGGGUCAGUCAUGUUUUAAACAGGGUCAAGCCAAAAACACGUAUGGAACAGGAUGUUUUCUUCUGUAUAACACAGGAACCCAGCCUGUAGAGUCUAACACUGGCCUACUGACCACUAUAGGCUACCAGCUGGGCAAAGACAAACCUGUUGUCUAUGCACUUGAGGGUGCCAUAGCUAUUGCUGGAGCAGCUGUACAGUGGCUGAGGGACAACCUAGGCAUCAUCAAUACAUCAGCAGAGAUAGAGACUCUAGCUGCCACAGUGGACUCCUGUGGUGACUGUUAUUUUGUACCUGCCUUCUCCGGCCUAUUCUGUCCAUACUGGCAAUUUGAUGCCAGGGGGAUCAUCUGUGGUCUGAGUCAGUACACAAACAAAGCUCACAUUGCCAGGGCAGCACUAGAGGCUGUUUGCUUUCAAACAAGGGAGUUGCUUGAGGCAAUGAACAAAGACAGUGGAAUCCCAAUGAAGUCAAUGAAAGUGGAUGGAGGAAUGACUCAGAAUGACCUGCUCAUGCAGUUACAGGCUGAUAUCCUGGGCAUUGGUGUAGUGCGUCCAUCCAUGCCAGAGACGACCGCACUUGGAGCAGCGAUGGCUGCUGGAUCAGCUGAGGGUGUAGGAGUUUGGGACAUCUCGUCCCAGUCAGAUAACCCCCUCACAACGGAUGACUUCACCCCAGCUGUCUCCUCCUCAGAUCGUGACAAGAGGUUUGUCAAGUGGAAGGCUGCGGUACAACGGUCAAUGCACUGGGCUGAGUCUGAACAGGAAGGUCCAGCAGCACCAGCAGAUGGUCACUGGAGAACUCUGGCUGGAGGGCUGUUCCUGUGGUCAUCCUUUGGACUGGUCAUUGCUGCCCACUUACUCAAGAACAGAUGACAUUCCCUGCACCCUAGCCCUUAUACUCACUUCACAUAGUAUUAUGCAUAGUCGGUAUCAUUUUAACUUAAAUUUACAUAGGGCAUGUACAUGUACUUGUCACAGUUUCUGUGGUUUUACAUUUAUUUAAGUGCUGUUUAAUGCAUGUCUGAUUUUUUGAAAGAUUUUCAUAAAUUUUUAGCUGAGCCACAUAAGUCCGUAAUGUACAUAUGUACAUGUAUCAGCUGUGUUUUAUUUUGUAUUUGACAGUUAGUCCUCUCUAUUACUGUCAACCGGUGGUCAGGUCAGGUAGUUAGGGUCAGUUAGGAUGUGGAGUGUUAUGCCAGUGCCUGCCUGAGAUACAUAUCAAGAUGUCAGGAGUUAGGUCAGAUGCAGAUUCAGCUGGUUUUGUGGUUAAAAUUACAAAGAUUUACCAUAAUCACAUACUUUGAAGUAGAAAAUGUUUGAUUAAACAUUAUUUCAAGUCUCUUCAAUUUCUUGUAAUUAAAUUGCCUAUUCAGUCUUAUAUUAGAAAUGUUCCAACGCAUCAUUGAUGUUUAGCGGAAAUUAAUCAAGACCCUAAAUUUGACCCCGUAAAUAACAGUCACCAAAGUACAUAAUUGCAUGCUGGACAGGUAGAUCUAUACGUACAUCAUUGCUGGACAGGUAGAUCUAUAUGUACAUCAUUGCUGGACAGGUAGAUCUAUAUGUACAUCAUUGCUGGACAGCUAGAUCUAUAUACACAUCAUUGCUGGACAGGUAGAUCUAUAUGUACAUCAUUGUUGGACAGGUAGAUCUAUUUUUACAUCAUUGCUGGACAGGUAGAUCUAUAUGUACAUCAUUGCUGAACAGGUAAAUCUAUAUGUACAUCAUUUUUGGACAGGUAGAUCUAUAUGUACAUGCUGGACAGCUAGAUCUAUACGUACAUCAUUGCUGAACAGGUAGAUCUAUAUGUACAUCAUUGCUGGACAGCUAGAUCUAUAUGUACAUCAUUGCUGAACAGGUAGAUCUAUAUGUACAUCAUUGCUGGACAGGUAGAUCUAUAUGUACAUCAUUGUUGGACAGGUAGAUCUAUUUUUACAUCAUUGCUGGACAGGUAGAUCUAUAUGUACAUCAUUGCUGAACAGGUAAAUCUGUGUGUACAUCAUUGCUGGGCAGGUAAAUCUGUGUGUACAUCAUUGCUGGACCGGUAGAUCUAUAUGUACAUCAUUGCUGGACAGGUAGAUCUACAUGUAUAUCAUUGCUGGACAGGUAAAUCUAUAUGUAUAUGUACAUCAUUGCUGGACAGCUAGAUCUAUUUGUACAUCAUUGCUGGACAGG